GUGUCCAGCGCUGAUCGGCGGCGCGUUUACAUAGCGUGCAAGCCCAUCUUCACGGGCGACAAGGCGCUCGUGCGAAGGGAGAAGAUAAUUCGAGCCGUGAUCCGCAAGAACAAGCCGUCCCUGGCCAAGCUGCUGUCGGAGCUAGGCGCGGACAGGCUGGUUGCAACGAUCAAGGGGCUCCUUGAAGAAAACUUCUUCGUGUCUGAGGUGCCCGCUCGGGCGAUUUAUCCUGACCUCUUUGACACCCCGUUGUCGCCAAUUUCAGAAGUAUACUCGCCCAAGCCAAAGUCGGCCAAGGCCAGGCCAAAGUCGGAAGAGGUGGUCGCAUCCCAUGACGUGAGAGAGCUCAGCAAAGAGCCAGAGCUCUAUGAGGAGCUGGACGAGGCAGAGUUGGACGAGGCAGAGCUGGGCGAGGCAGUGCUGGACAAGGCAGAGCUCUACGAGGAGCUGGACAAAGAGCCUGGCCUCAAGGACAAGAUGCCCUGGCUAUAUUCGUCGUUCCUCUUUUACAAGGCGCAACACCUGAUCGUCACGGGCGCCCAGCAGCUGCUUGAGGAGUGCUGCUUUGACUUUGCCGCCAAAUGGAUGCCGUCGGUGCUUGAGCGCCACGGCUAGGACUGCGCGGCAGCUGUAGAGCUGACUGAGUGGACCAAGAUACUCGCUAAGACGGACGCUCUAUUUCCACUAGAGGCCGUCAAGCUCGGCAACACGACGACGAUGCGCGAACUCGUGAAGCCGGCGGUGAAGCUGCGGCACACGGCGGUGCACCGGCUGCCGACCACGGCGUACGACAUUGUGCAGCUGCUGGGCGGGGCCGUGGUGCUGGCCGAGGCGCUGCAGGACGGCGAGCGGGUCGCGCAGCUAGAGAAGCUGAAGGCCGACGUCGACCUCAACGUGCUGGCCAUAGAGACGGCUAAGGAGGCGCUCGAGGAGCGGGUGGAGAGCGUGCUGCGCAGCAUUGCGCAGUGCCGCGACGAGUUCGACCGGGCUGAGGGCGUCCUCGAGGCCGCCUUGCGACACGACGACGCCGGCCUCAAGGUGAUCGUCGGCCGGAUGCUCAAGCAGUCGGUGCCGGGCAUCUUUACG